CCGGCGAUUCCCCAGUCGUCGGUGGCGCUUGGACGACGACUUGCCUUAUGAAGUCCAUUUGAGUUCGUGUGGGGGGAGAUUUUACCCUUUUGGGGGGUUCGUCUUCGUUGAGUGCUUCACAUGCAAGGGAUGACUCUUUUAUGUUAGAGAAAUGCAACCUACGACUGUUGAAGCAUUCUUCUAAUGCAACAAAUAACCCUGGGAAGGGUAAUUUAAUUCCCUUUGCUUGCACACAGUUGCCUUAAUACAUCAAUGGCUGCUUAUGAGAAUGAUUCUGAAGCUUAUCAGUGGGAUUUUGGUAUCUUUGACCCAUUACCAAACCCUCCAUACUAUGGAAGUGGAGCUGACCAGGAAACUACCUUUUAUUCAAACUAUUGUGUUAGAGAAGAUACAUCCAGAACUGCAUGUGAAGAGCAUAUGCCUGAAUCUGUUUUCACACAAAAUCUGUUUGGGCCAUAUACAAGAGAGUAUAACUCAGUGGCUGAGGAUGGAUGGGAAGUUAACGAUGAAACUGGACCCUCUACUUUAUGUUCUAGUCCUGGAGGCUACUCUUGUAGGAGAGAGUUUUCAAUGAAAAUAUCAGAUGAAUAUUCUGUUGUUGACGGAGAAGUUGGGAGAAGGUUAAAUCAGAUGCAUCCAAUCCCUCAUGUUCCUCGAAUAAAUGGAGAUAUUCCUUCUUUUGACGAAGCUACUUCUGAUCAUCAAAGGCUCCUAGAGAGGUUGCGAUUGUAUGACUUAAUUGAACGCAAAGUCCAAGGAGAUGGUAACUGUCAGUUCCGAGCACUUUCUGACCAAUUAUAUCAAACAUCUGAACAUCAUGAGUUUGUCAGGCAGCAAGUUGUUGAACAGCUAAAAUCUCAUCCUGAGAUCUACGAUGGGUAUGUUCCAAUGACAUAUAGUGACUACGUCAAAAAGAUUUCACAAAGCGGCGAGUGGGGUGAUCACGUGACAUUACAAGCUGCUGCAGAUUCAUAUGGAGUUAAAAUUUUUGUCAUGACAUCAUUCAAGGAUACUUGCUAUAUUGAGAUUCUGCCCAGCAUCGAGAAAUCAAAGCGAGUCAUCUUCUUAAGCUUUUGGGCUGAGGUGCACUACAACUCAAUUUAUCUGGAAGAGCAAGAUCUCCCUACUGCAGACACAAAAAAGAAGAAAAGGUGGUGGCAGUUGGGAAACAAAUAUUGAGGCCAUUGAUCAUUAUUCAGAGUUCCAGCUCAAAUUAGCAUCCGAUAUUGACUCAAGCAAAUUGUAUAUUAAACAAUAUCAAUUUAAAUUUCUCUUCAAUCUUUCCAACUACAAGAAAUAUGUUAAAUAUAGAUGAAUAAUAAAUAUUUUCAUCUGAAGUAAUAAAUCAAGAGAGUUUUUAGGUCA